GUGGGCUUCAUGAUUUUUCUCAACAUUUUUGACCAAACCCCUUUAUCCUCUCUUUUCCCCAGGUGCUUCUUCCUCUCCCCCCAGGCGCAGGUCCGAGAGGAUCUUGUCCUCCUCAACUCAUCCAGUGUCCCAGGGCAAGCCCAGUGGGGUAGCCAGGAAAAUGACAGACAGCCCGUGUCCAGGUCCCUCUGUGAUGCGCACAAUAACUCUGAAAAAGAUUAAGCCACGGAAUCAGCUGGUUCAGGUCAAAGACAGUGCUUUAAUUCCUCGCCGGAGUCCAAGGAUCUCCUUAAAAGAAAACAAGGAGAACAGCCCCCCAGGGGCCACUGAGGAUCAAAGUCCCCAUGGAGUUGAGGCCAAGAGGAAACCCCAGUCUUCUGGCCCGUGCUGCUCCUUGAAUCUUGAUGCAGAGACUCCACCAAAAGGGACUGACAUCCCGUCCCUAGUCAGUGCCAGCACACACGAUUCUCUGCCAGAGUGUGAACAGGACCUGGUCAUGGCUAAACGGGUGCGCCGUUCUUACAGCCGCCUGGACGUCUCCUUGACCCGCAGCUUCCUAGAAAAGCAGGAGUUUCCGAGCUGCAGCCUCGCUGGCACCUCCACGCCCACUUGCGGCCCUGGCAAGCGGCAAACCCUCUUUGGUUUCGAAAAGCUUCUGCUUCCAGGGGAGCUGGCUGAUCUCUCCCCUCUGAAUGCAAAUGGUGCCCCAAAGCCAGCAGCUGCGGAAACCGGCGCCUUCAAGGAGCCAGACACUGACAUCCCCGGCAUCUCGUUCGGCAGAGAAAAGCGCAGGAAGAAGAAGGUCCCGCAGUUCGAUAAAUCAGAGCUGGAUGAAUGGGCAGCCCAGAUGAACGCUGAGUUUGAAGAAGCCGAGAGGUUUGACCUUCUUGUGGAAUGAGGAGGCAUCUGCGCAGCACGUCGGUGUCCAGAAUGUUGAUUGUACAUAGAUCUGAGGCCUGCCAAGGAGGACCCUGAAGCUGUCUUGGUGUCAAGCUGUAAAUUUUUUUGCUACAGGCGUACUCAGUGACAAAAGGCAGCUACCACUUUAGUUGAUGCUCCAGGGGGAAAAAAAAUGUUGCACUGUUCUGUUGGCCUGAAGACUAAUUUUUUCUUGGCUGUAGCCUGAAAAUAUGGGUAGAGGGCUACUAGUUCUGUCCAGUAUCACAACUGGUAAAUGACAUUGCCAACUUUUGGAACAGCUUGUCUUUGUCUUUUAUUUUUUCUCCACAGAAGAUAGGCAAGAUAUUAAGUUGAUGUGCAUGCUAGCCUUUGAAAGAGCGCAUCAAUUUGCUUUGUCCAGUAGUUUUAUUUUUAAUUAUUUUUCUUCUGUGUUUGCCUUCUGCAAAGUCAUAUUUACUUAAAUGGAGCGAGGACCUUGUUUGGUCAGCCAGCUUACAAUUUUAUGGGGUAGUUAAAGGCAAGCUUGGGCAAUCUUGUUUUAAGGACAAUUCAUUUCUUAAGCCUCCUUUGCUAUUUCUCUUAAAGUGCUCCUCUCAAUGGCAAAGCUUUGGUAGUUCAAUUUGUCCCUUUUCAACCUGUGUGUGUUUCAUAGUGCAGCCCUGUAAGAAUAACCAUAGGAAAAUUAAAAAGGCUUUCCUUCUAUUUUCCUGUUGUCUUUAACCAUCCAUGCGUAUUUUUAACUAAAAGUGAUGAAAUGAUUUGGGAUGAAACUGAAGUGAGGGAAUGCUGCGAUUAUUUUAGAGCAGUGUUUCUCAACUUUGG